AUGCGAGAGGGCCUUGCUGCACAGGGCGGAGAGGCGAGCAUGCGAGGCUUCUACGAGGCCUGCUUCAACGGCAAGACGUGCCCACUGAGGCUCAUCUGCGAGCAGUGCGGCACUGUGGCGCGUGCUCUUGCCUGUGGGUCGUCCUCCCAGACGUGGCGCAGCUCGGCCGACGCUCUCGGCGCGGUGCUGGGCCCCGCGUGCGUGCAGGGCUCCCACGCCGCGGAGGUGGUGCGCGACCUGUUGCCCACCCCGCUGAUGGAGCACUGCACCGACCUGGACAGGUGGGCGCCCGUGGACGAGCCCACGCGCCGCUGCCUCAACAGACUCCACGGCCGGGCCCCGGCCGCGGCGCCGCCCGCCGACCAGCUCCUCCGGGAGCUGCUGGCGGUCUUCGGCCGCCGCAUGCAGCUCUGGCCGGCCUCCAUCGCCGGGGCGCCCAGCGUGGAGCUGGGGCUGCCCGAGCUGCGGGCGCAGCUCGCCGAGUUCGAGCGGUACCUCCGGGCCAGGGCCGGCAGGCCCGAGCGGAGCACGUUUCACCCCCGCGCGGCCCUGUGA